AUGAAGGCAUCCCUGUUCGCCUCCGUGAUGGCCAUCGCCGCCACUGCGUUGGCUACCAUGACGGCCCCAGGUCUCAAGAUGGCAGACACGCCGAGACUCGGCGGUCUCCGGCCGCGAGCCCACUCCGGAAACCAAAUCCACAACGGUACCUUUGACCAGCUGCUCGACCACACGCAGCCGUGGAGGGGCACCUUCAAGCAGCGGUACUGGUGGAACGCCGAGCACUGGGGUGGGCCGGGCUACCCCGUCUUCCUGAUCAACGGCGGCGAGUCCGACGCCGCAGGCUUCACGGGCUACCUGGAGAACGGGACGGUGACGGGGCUCUACGCCGAGACGCACAAGGGCGCGGUCAUCCUCAUCGAACACCGAUACUAUGGGGAAUCGUGGCCGUACAAGACCUCGACGGCAGACACGCUGCAGUUGCUGGAAGUGCCGCAGGCCAUCUACGACAACAUCUACUUCGCCGAGACGGCGGCGCUGCCGUUUGACCAGGGGACGACGGACAAGGGCGCCAACGCGGACAAGUCGCCGUGGGUGCUGAUCGGGGGCAGCUACGCGGGCGCGCUCGCGGCGUGGACGUCAGUCAUCGCACCGGGCACCUUUGCGGCGUACCACGCCAGCUCGGCCGUGGUGCAGGCCAUCGAGGACUUUUGGCAGUUCUUCACGCCCAUCGAGCAGGCGCUGCCGCGCAACUGCUCGGCCGACAUCAAGCUCGUCAUCAAGGAGGUGGACGCCGUGCUGGACCGGGGCUCGGACGCGGAGAUCCUGGCAAUGAAGGAGGAGUUUGGGCUCGAGACGCUCGAGGACCACGGCGACUUUGCGUACUACCUGCAGAAGCCCGUCAUCGCGUGGACCGACAGCGAGAAGGCCGUGCUAGACUUUUGCGACUGGAUCGAGACGAGCACGACCAACGGGCAGGUCGCCGCGGGCUGCGAGCAAUCCGGGGUCGGGCUCGAGGCGGCGUGGGCCGGGUACACGUCGUGGAUGCACCGGCGGUACAACGAGACGUGCGAGGCGGAGGAGGCAUGCGACCUGUACGGCGACGCGGUCGGGUACAACAGGCCGACGGACCUGGAAUGGGGCCGCAGCUGGGUGUGGCAGCUUUGCAACGAGCCGCUGGGGUGGUGGCACACGGGGCCGCCCGAGUCGAACGGCACGAGCAUCGUGUCGUCGCACGUGCGGCUGGAGCACCGGCAGCGGCAGUGCGACCUCCGGUUCCCGCAGUCGUUCGGCCACCGGCCGGCCGUGUCGGAGGGGUUCACGGUGGCCAUGUUCAACGAGUGGACGGGCGGGUGGAACGCGACGUUCGACAAGGUGCUCUUCUGCGACGGCGAGUUCGACCCGUGGCGCUCGGCGACGAUGAGCUCCGACUACCGGCCGGGAGGGCCGUCGCUGAGCACGGAGGCAGCGCCGCGGCUCGUGGUUAAGGGGGGCAACCACGUGCCGGACUUUCAGCUGAGUGAGAAGAACGCCGAGGUAGUGGCUCAGGAGGUGGCCAUCAUAGGCCGGUGGAUCGAGGCGUGGAAGCCCAAGAAGGGGGCGGCGUACUGA